ACAAUAUUAACAUACUCUUGUAUGAAAAAGCUGCACAGUAUGAGAAACUACACACACAUAAUGCUCUGCAGCAACUUGUUUAUAGCUCAGUUAAGUUUUCUGAUCGGUGUACAGAGGACUGAAAACAAGGUUGCCUGUUCAGUUAUUGCUGUUGUACUCCAGUACAUGUUUCUAGUCACAUUCAUGUGGAUGCUAAUGGAAGGAGUGGUUCUAUAUAUAACGUUAGUCAAGAUAUUCAUUUCUCGUACAAAACGUUAUGGAGUAUUAUUUACUAUUCUAAGUUAUGGUAUUCCAGGAGUUUAUAUGAUGAUAGUUGUUCCUAUUGGAUAUCUAGUUGAUACUGGUAAUGAUCAACCUAAUCACUACUUGUAUUAUGAUAAUGAAGAACUGGUUGCUUGCUGGUUGAGUUAUGAAACUGGAUUCAUAUGGACAUUCAUUGCACCUGUCAUACUCAUCAUUCUGAUAAAUACUUACUAUUUGUUUGUUGCCUUUUGCAUAAUGAAGAAACACUGGAGGAAACUGAUUUUCAAUACUCAAGUUGAUGAUGUCAGAUAUUGGUUGAAAUCAUCAUUAUCACUGACUGUUGUGAUGGGCAUAGCAUGGCUUGGUAAUGUCCUCUUCUUUAGGAAAGAGCUUCUCUUCAUUGCAUACAUCAUGACAGUCUUCAUUGCUGCUCAAGGAAUUAUUAUAUUUAUACUUUAUGUUCCACUUUCUUCUCAUGUAAGAGCUGCAUACUUGAAGUCUUGGAAUGACAAGAGAGCUAAUACUGGCUAUUUCAGUGCAAUGCUUCUUAAAAGAGCAUCACUGCCUUCAAGUCGCACUCGCAGUAUUAAGAAUAUAUCAGAAUCAGCUACUAGUAAAAGCAGUGAAACUCCAACCAGCAGUGUUUUUGUGGGUAACAGCCUUUCUGUAGGCCCUCCUAAUGACCCAAAUAAGAUAUUAGAGCAAGAGUUGGACAGUAUGGUCAUUCCUCCUUUACCUUGUGAUUAUAUCACCAGUGAGAUUGACAGGUCUUUUGUUUUUGUAAACGAGGCAAGCAUUUAGAAGGAAAUAUCAGACGAAUGAAAACUAUCAAUUUAAUGUAUUAAAAAAUUAAGCAGUGUUUGUCAUGUAUCUUGUGAUGUGAAUGUUUUAAUUAGCAGCUAAUGCUGCUAGCAACAUUUUUAAACUAACUGA